AUGCAGGACUUGAUCGCCGGUCUGAAGUAUCAAGUGCAAAUAUGUCUGGGUCUGGAAGAGUGCGCGAUUUGUCAUGCUUGUCUUGCAUGACUGUCAUGCACGUUACACGAGAGCGCCAUUUUUCUGUCAUGCAGAAAUGCAGUUUGUCAUGCAGAAGAGGCAACGCCUUCUUCACCUUCACCUAGAAGCUCAGAAACUUGUCAUGCUGAGCCAGCACUUGUGUCCUCCGCAUGAUACGCCCCCCAGCAUCACAAGUUUCCAGACCCUGACAUAUUUGCAUUUGAUAUGAAGGGUAUCAAGUCCAUACAGGAUGUGGUCGAUGUGGUGAAAGACGUCGCGGAGGAGGUAUGCAUUGCAAAACAAAGUAAAUCGUAUUAGUAUAGAUUGCAUUACAAAUUAGCUCAGCGUGACAAAUGGAAUUUCUCAUGCUGUUUUACCUUGGAAUGGAGAUUUGUAAUGCCAGAUUGCGACUUCUACUACGAGCACGAUACCUUUGCAAUGUAUAGGAGGUUGCCUACGACAAAACGCCGUUGGAAAAAAAGCUGCACGAAGCCACUUCGUAUCCUGUGCAAAAGUAUCCUACUCGCAUUGCAGUCAAGCAAUACAAAUCUUUUCCUUGAGGUAAAUCAGCAUUACAAAUUUUAUUUCUCAUGCUGAGGAAAUUUGUAAUGCAUUUAUACGAGUGCGAUACUUUUGCAGUUCAUACUUCGAACCAGAACUGGAAUGUUUCGAAUACGCUCAAAUACUCGCUUUCCGAUGCGACCAGAAGUGGCCACGAUUUUAGGGUAUGAUAAAUGACAUGGAAAAAUCAUGCAUCGGGAUAUAAUGAAUGUGCCAUGCUCAUGUUGCAGUGCUGUAAAAAUUAUACGCCGAUAUUUAGAAGUGCAUUGUUCUAGUUCAUCCAUGCAAGGACAUUAACAAGAAGCGGUUGUGGUUCUCACUACUAUCUUCACUAAAUAACGAGGUAAUAAUGCAGCAUAUCUGGGAGUGCAUCCAUCCUGCGAAGGGGAGGAAAUGGCGACAGGUCUUCAAGGCUUUGACUCUCCUAGAAUUCUUGGUCAAGAACGGAGCGGACAGAUGUACGGAUGACGUGCGGGACAACCAGUUUAAGAUCAGGGUAUAAAUUCUAUGAUAAUUUCGAUUUCAUCGGGCAAGCAACUACUUCAACACACAGUCAGGGGUGAAGUAGCUGGUCCUCGAGCAUGACAGAAAUUUAUUUCCUCAUUCCUUGUUUUCCAUUUCCAGCGGUGCAAAAUCCAAGUCUUUCAUCUAAGUACUUAAAUCGCACUUUUUCAUCUUAUUAUCUGAACUACAGCAAUUGUCCUCUUUCUCGCACAUCGAGGAAGGAAAGGACCGCGGCCAAGGUGUGCGCGAUUUGUCCUCGAUUAUCCUUCAGCUGGUCAACGACCAGACCGUGCUCCAAGAGGAGCGAGGAAAGGCAAAGGAGUCGCGGCAGCGGACCCAGGGUAUUGCGAACAACACGAUAAGCAGUGACCGUGGAAGCGGCCGCUACGGCGGGUUCGGGAGCGACAGCGUGAAUAGGGGCACAAACGGGUUCGAUUCGGGCAACAAGUCGGGGAGCAAGGAGGACAGAAGAAGACAGAACGAAACGACGGCAAGGUAAGGCAAUGACAGAUAUUAGUCCACUGAUGUACAACAAAACGUUGAUUUUUCGUCAUAAUGUCAAGAGUGACACGUCACAGCACCUGUCCAUUCUUGGUCCUAGUCCUGCAUGGCAAAAAAUAACCGACUACAACUCAUGAAGAUUCAGAUUGCGAGUUUACCAUUAUAUGACGAAAAAUCAUCCUACUACAGCAUCGACGACGAUUUCGAUCCGAAUCGAAAAAUUGCGUCGGGCGGCAAAGUUUCGACGGACUUCGUUUCAACAGACACGUCGGGCAAGGUUGGGGUGAAGACCAACAGGAUUGCGGGCAAAAAGCAGGAGAACAAACCGACGGGCAGUCUGCUAGAUGAAGAUCUGCUAGGCGGGGGCGGAGGUAUAUUAUACGAGGAGACAAGUAUAAGUAGAUGUCGAUUAAGAUGGUGCGGACUUUUUUGAUGCACGACACCAUGCGUGACACAAAGACGAUUUUUCAUGCCAGACAUAUGAAAAAUCAAAAUAAUUUCACAGCAGGAGCUAACCCUGGUUUUGCCGACAAUGACUUCGGUGGAUUUUCCGCGGCGGCAGGAAACCAGGCCCCUACUUCCAACAACAUGGACGACUUUUUUGCAUCCACCGGAACCACCAAUGCAAUCAGCGGCGGAACUACAAGUACCGGCUCCAAUAUCCGAGACAAAAACAACAUCGCAAAAAUCAAUUUUGCACAUUUUUGCGAUAAAAAGAUUUUUGUCAUGCGCAAAAAUGCAUCACUGUCAAGAGCCAUAGGGAAUAGGCGGCUUCCCUUUUUUAUGUUUUUGCAAUACAAGAAAAAUUUAUCAUGCGAGACAAAUUGCUAACGCGAAACCUCCUAAAUGUGAUUGUGAUGUCGUUUUUAUUUUUGGAUAUCCAAGGGGUUCACGCCAACUAACGACGGCUUCGGCGAUUUCAAUUCUACGCCCGCUGGGACAGCAGACAAUGGCUUUGGCGCGUUCACUAUCCACAGGAAAUUUUUCGUACACGUGAUGCAAAUGGAAAUGCAGCAGUCUCUGCAUGACAAAACUGGGCUUCGAUCCGAGUUUGGCAUGACAAGCAUUUUUACCCUCCAAUGUGGUGAAAUUUGUGAUGCAUCUUCUACAUGUACGGGAAAUUUGUCUUGCAUAUUCACAACGAGUUCUUCUGUAAAUGCGACCACAAAUUCCUCCGAUUUUGGGUCCUUCUCGACCAGCACCGCGCCCGUCAGCUUUCCGUCAUCCGCUAUGCAAAGAAAAAAUUGUGUAAGUGUAAAUCUGUGAUGCAGAAAAUGCCAAACAGUGACACUUGUCAUGCUCGACAUGCGUGAUCGGCUCGCUUCCUAUGUGUUUUCCCUUUCUAUCUGCGCAUAUAUAACAAGUUCGUCCUGUCAUGGCAGACGAACUUGUGAUGCUGUUUUCCCAAAACCUUACACUAACACAGUUUUUUUCUUGGAUAUCCGCGGGCGAUGGGCUAAUGUCGGCGGGAGGUUUGCUGGACCUCAUGGCCCCGUCACCGGUCGGCGGGCCGGUGGCUUCGAACGGCGGUUUUGGGAACACCAUGUCGACAGCGUCAAGUAAAAAAUCGUCCCCAGCGACGGCACAGUAUACUUGUUUUAUUGGUUCCUUCUAGUAUGGUUAUGGUAAUAAAACGAAAACAAGUGGAUACAAAAGAAAUUUUACUUUUUAGAUAGGGUGCGCCGUGUGCGAUUGCGUCUACCGUUUCAUUUUUCGUGGCAUAUCACUACUUAUGAUCAAAUGAUCACGAUUAUUACUCUGGGAUUAUGCUUGAAGUUGAAUCAAAACAGAAACAACAACAGCAACCCUCUUCUGGACCUCGUGGAUUUCGAUAUGCCAUCUACCACGUCGGCAUCAAAAACCUCGGGCUCACCAAAAACAUCAAGCACCGCAACAUCCGCAACAACUGCUGCACCAAUUAUAUCGGGUGCAGGAGGAGCUGCAGCGGUACAACAGCCCGCAAGCUACACCGGCGCAGCAGCUGCACCUCCGGUCGGGACAAUAAAUUCGAAGCCCACGCCGGGAAAUUUCGGCGCGCUCAGCGGCCCGCCGGCUGCUGCACCCAAUAUCAACAACAUGCCGGGAAUGAUGAACAAUCCGAUGGGCGGUGGUGCUGGGGGAAUGAUGGGCGGAGGAAUGAGCAUGAUGAAUCCGAUGGCAGGGGGAGGAAACAUGAACAUGAUGGGCGGUAUGGGAAUGAUGAAUCCCAUGAUGCAGCAGCAAAACCCGAUGAUGAUGCAAGCUGGUGGUGGAGUACAACACGGCAUGAUGAACAACAACCCAAUGAUGAUGCAGCAACAGAACCCGAUGAUGCAGAUGCAGAACGGCGGUGGAGGUGGAUUCCCGAUGAACAACAAUUUUCAAAACCCUAUGAUGAAUAUGAACAACAUGAGCGCUCCUGCUGCGUCCGCGGGAAACGGGUUCGGAAAUUUCAGUAAAGGAAACACCGGCAACUCGCUGGACCCCUUUGCGGGGUUCUGAAAAUGGAAGCCUUGAUGUUUUGGGGAAGUCGUGAGAACCAAUUUAAAAAUAUCAAUAUGCGUGUUUGAUAUCACUGUAAAAACCGGCACUGGAGGCGGUUGCACAGGAAAAGUACUGCUACUUACUUACUCUUUCUAGACUUUUUCUGUGUGACCUGCUGGUCGUGCUGCGAAAACCAAAAUUUUUUGUUUGUUAUUAGCUUUUACGAGUUUUUGUUUUAGCUUUUAGAGGCACGAGAUCGAGUCGAGGGAAGAUAACCAUCACAAUGAAGGCCGCAGGCAGUGUAUGGAAAAUAACUAUCCGCGCCAUCAAUGUCUCCAUCAUAGGGACAAAGUGCUCUACUGGCUGGUGUUUGCUCCUGCGGGUGUCAUUUGUUUUCAGACAGCACUGCUAGUUGAAGUUUUCAGUUUUUGCUUUUCUUUGGAAAAUAAACGCCGCCCUGGUGCGACUUUUUCAAAAAAUUCAAACUGUAAUGAAAAGAAACUAGUAGAGAAUUGUGAGUGGUUGAGGGUGCGGGCUGAAGUAAAAACUUUUUCAACAAAAAAAAUGCGAAUUCGGCUGUUUUUUUCGACAUUCUGCCUUGUCUGUUGUUUUUUCUCAUUUGCUUGUUCUCUUUACUUGAUUUUCUUUUCUGCACCCGGUGUUAGCUAUCAAAAGAGCGACGUGGAGACAGAACUACUCUUUACCCUGAUACGUGUGUGUUUUUCUUUCUUCGUCUUGACUGACCGACCCUUCAAAGCUGUUUUGUAGAGUUGAGACAAAGAACUUAUUGGAGAACCAGGAAAAACGCGACGGGACCGGGUCAGAC